AUGGCGGAUUCAGAGUACACGGACGAUGAGACAGAGUAUGAAGGCCCCUCCUCUCGAGUUGUCGUCCUGGACGCGCUCUGGACACCAUUCCGCUUGUUAUUCUCCAAAACCGCUCUCCGCAUAUACCUGAACACACUUCUAUUUAUCGGCGCUACAGUGCUCCUAGUGGGGAUUUCCGGAAUUGCUUAUGCGAUAUUCUACCUGAGUUUCAUUCCCACGGUCGGUGUCGAUCGAGAAGUCCACCUGCAAUUCGGUGACAAGAAUCCUUGGGGCGUAGCCUCUCUAGAGUCCCAAUUCGUUUCUUCACAACCCUACGAUGUUGCUGUGGUUCUUGAAAUGCCUCGCACGCCAUCCAAUCUGGAUGUGGGCAAUUUCAUGAUCGAUCUCACCCUCUACUCUCCUCAAGCGAGCUCCGUGCUCCCCAAGUCCGCCAGCUCCUUAGACCCGAUUUCACAGUCACGCCGAUCGGCUAUCCUUACCUUUAGCUCACCGAUGGUGGAUGUUGCUCGGAGAAUGGCGCGACUGCCGCUAUACGUCGUUGGCUGGCGCCGAGAGGCGGAGAUGCUAGAGGUACCCAUGAUGGAGAAGGUUGAGUUUGCACGGGGCGCGCGAAAUAUCCCGCAAAGUCUGCGCCUUGAGAUCCAGAGCGAUGGAAAGAUCCAGAUAUACUCCGCGCGCGUGGAAUUCCGGGCGCGGUUCACUGGGCUUCGGUGGUUUAUGUACCGAUGGAAGCUCACAUCCUUUGUGAUAUUCAGUUCGAUGUUUUGGACCGUCUCGGUGUCUUCAGCUACCGUUACGUGGUUAUUGUUGAACUGGGUUUUGCGACCCGAGCCUGUUUCAAUGGAUGAGAUUAAAGAUGAAGCUCGUGAUUUAGUGAAGGAUGAACCCGAAACCGAGGACACUGGCUCAUCUAGUGGAGCUGUUAAGGUCAAGGAGGAGCCCGAAGAACAAGGUAGUAGCUCCUUGUUCAAGAGCUAUCUAGCCGACGAUGAGGGCGGCAUUGGCUCUGGACUGGAGGAUCCAGAAGUUAGAGGCCUACAGAAACGACGGAGUCAUUUGUCGGAAUACGAUAGCUAG